AUGAUCAAUAUAACAACAUCAAGCAGCACAAGAACGAAUUCCAUUAUCGGUUGUUCUUCUUCGUCAACGGCAUUAGAAGCAGUUGUGAGCAAUAAAGAUCUUCUUACACAGAUUCUCUUAUGCGUUCCUCCCAAAUCCCUACUUAGAUUCAAGUCUGUUUCCAAGAAUUGGUUCCUUCUCAUCUUCGACUCACAGUUUUCGUUCAACCACGCUCGCCAAAAUCAACCCAACCACUCGAUCGUGGGACUAUAUUUUUGUUACGACUAUUGGUGUUCCAUGAAACAAGUCAUGUCUGUCUCGCUUCACGACAAUGCAAGUCUUCCCACACUUUCUUUCCUUAACGGUGUUGGUGUUGAAAGAGAUUCUAAAAUCAAAAUUCAUAGCUCUUGCAAUGGAUUACUCCAGUGUGAGAGUAGUCAAUUUGCAGAUUUGAAUGUUAAUAGAAGUUAUAUUAUUUGUAAUGUGACCACACAGAAAUACAAGCUACUUCCUCAAACUUGUCAACAUUUAUCUAGAUCAUAUGCUUACUUAGCUUUUGAUCCUUCAAAAUCACUACACUACAAAGUUUUGCUUGUAUUUGAAAGGAUUGAUAAAUUUAAUAUCUACUCUUCGGAGAGUUCGUCUUGGAAACAGAUUGAUUUGACUACUGGACCAAGUUAUGGGGAGGAGGAGCUUUUUGGAAUGGAGCAGUCCAUUGGUUAG